GAGCUCACAAUCCGUUUAAACACCACACAGUUUGGAACAUUUUUUUUUGCUACUUUCGCUGACAUACUUAGUUGUUUUUAUAAUGGUGAAGUUAAACUGGCACAAUAAAAUGGCAACUUUGGUCAAAAUGCCGCAGAAACCCAAAGCGAAGCCCAAAAAGGAAUUACCAGAGGAUGCAGAAGUGGGCUCAGUACACGAAGAACUGGAAAUACCCGUUGCUUCGGAAGUGAUCUUUAAGAAAAUAUGGACAAUAAAACAAUUCAAUAAGACAAUCUCCAAGCGAGAUCUCCUCGACAGCCCCAAUUUCAGGUGUUCUGUCAACGGGAUGUCUACCUUUUGGAAUAUGGCAGUGAGAUUUUGGAAAGGACCCAAUGGUAAAAAAGUGACCAACCCAUUGGUAGUGUGCUUAAAUUUGACAGGCUGUGAAACGGAAGAAACUGGUCAAGCCAGAGUAAGAUUUCAAUUCGGGAUUUGGGAUGCCAGUAUUAGACAUUGGGAAUGUUGCGACAUAUCCAGUGUGGUCCUCAACUUGGAAAAUAGACAAGAACUGCUUUCAGUCGGGUACAAGAGCUUGGGGAUAUUAGAUAGACACAUCGACAGCAACAAAAAUGUGAGGAUCAAAGUGAAAAUCCAAAUAAUUCAAAGUGACGAGGAAGUUCACAGUUUGUCCCAGGAUAUGGCCAGAUUACUGGACCUAAAAACGGACGAUUCGAAAGACACCUAUGUUGAAUGCACGUGUGGGGAAAAUGAUGAAAAAAUUUUGGCUCACAGUUGGAUUAUAAGGACGAGAAGUUCCAAGUUGGCGAAGAAGUUGGAAGAAUAUACUGAUCCAGAGAAUAAGUCGAUAAAGUACAAAAUCGACUUGGCCGACUACCAGCACCAUCUCAUCCGAGAACUGGUCCGCUACAUCUACACCGACAAGGUGGAGAACGCGGACUCUUUCGUCUGCAAGUUGCUACCCCUGAGCGUCAAGUACCAACUGCAAGGGCUGAAAGCGCUGUGCGACCGCACGCUGUGCGAAAGCCUCACCCCCAGCAACGUUGCCAAUAUUCUCCUGCUGGCCGAUCAGUGCGGUUGCGAGAACCUGCGGAAGGCGGCGUUGCAUUACUGCGAGGAGAGCGACGAGAUCAAAGGCAGCCUGCAAAUCGGUAAGAAUUUGGCGUGGCGCGUCAUGGAGAUGGUCAACCCCGACUUGUUUUUGGAGGCCUGCGAGAGCAUAGGGAGUUCUUCGUCGAACCUGGACAGCCCUGGUACUCCGGGCUCGUGGAGCGACUGAAUUCUUCGUGAUUAGGGCCUCUUUACACUUUACACCAAUCGCCGUAUCGUGUGAACCAGCCAUAACAGUACAAAUGAUUUUCCAUUUAUGUGAUUUAUUUUUUUUGAUUUUUUAUUAUGCUUUAGGAUAAUUUCUUAUUGUUCAAUGUUUACUUAUAUUUUAUAGGUAAUUUAUGUAUGUAUUUAAAGAAAUAGUUAAUUUUUAUUGUAAGUUAUACCUAUAGGAAAUGUUAGGAUAUAAUGGAGAUGAUAACCUACCCGGCACUAAUGAGGUGGCGAGGUAAUGAUUAUAUAUUUAUAUUAAAUAUGUAUAUUGUCAAUAAAAAAAUUUACA